AUGAUUAAUUCAAUAAAAAUGCAAAUUUUAUUAUUUCCUGCAAUUUUUUUUGUAGAUCUACGUGGUGUUUUCCGCAAAUUGACGUCAAAAACAAACACAACUCGCGCUUCUGUAAUUGGAAUUAUUCCUAAAAAAGUCGCAUUGACUGUCGAGAAAUCAUAUACAAAUUUUACAAAAACUUUUCCAACUUGCAAGUUUUUAUUGAGGAUUAUUACAGAGUUCUCAGAAUGUGGUGAAUUCGAUUCAAAACUAGCAGAUGCAUGUGAGACUGUAGACUGGACACCACGGUACUAUUUUGACAGAGAAAGUGGUCAGUGCCGGAUGUUCUGGAGCAGUGGCUGUACUUCAGAAAGUGCAAACAACUUCAGGAAUCUCUCAAGUUGUCAAGAGCGUUGUGAACAAAGGCAGUCAGAAUUACGAGCACAUCCAUCACGUUCAGAUUUUCUCACUGUUGUUGUGUUGAACAGCAAAGAAGAAACGUUUCCAUCAGAUUCACCAAGUCGUUGUUUGAAACCAAAAGAAAGUGGCAAAUGCUCGGAAACAUAUCCAGCUUAUUACUAUAAUCUGGAAAUGCAUCGCUGUGAGCCUUUCGUUUACAGUGGUUGUGGUGGUAAUUCGAAUCGCUUUCUCACGUUACGUCAGUGUCAAUCAGUGUGCAGUAAAUUUUCUGGAUUAUCUCGUAGGUACUCAAUUGCUUCUCAUAAUCUCAUUUGGAACUUUUUAUGCAAAAUGCUUAAUUUAGAUAAAUUUACAGGUAGAUGUGAACGAUUUUGGUAUUCAGGCUGUGGAGGUAACGAGAACCGAUUUUAUGAUUUAGUCACCUGCGAAAGUGUUUGCCGAGCUGUCAUGACAACAACAUUUAGCAGCAACGCGUUGCAUCCCAAAGUUUGCUUUCAACCGAUCCAAAAAGGCAAAUGCAUGAAUAAGACUCGUAGAAGUGUCCAAAGAUGGGCCUACGAUCACGUGAAACUUCGCUGUGUUACGUUUGAUUACGCUGGUUGCAACGGAAAUGAAAACCGUUUUGCAACAGAAUUUGCAUGUAACAUGAAUUGUAAAGGGCUAAAACUUCCUUUAAAUGAACGUUGCAUGAAUUAUCCAAACUGGGGAUACUGUAAUCAUUUGAACUAUCGCUGGUUUUACAAUUUAACAAAAGGUACCUGUCAACAAUUUCUUUGGGGUGGUUGCGAUGAUGGCAAUGAAAAUCGCUUCGAAACUUUUGAAAUCUGCCAGCAAAGCUGUGAGAUACCAACAGAAAAUGUAUGCAUGGAACCACUGGAUCGCGGUCAUUGGUGUGAGCCCAUGUCAUCUCGGUAUUAUUACAAUAUUGAUUCAAAAUUAUGCAAAGGAUUCCAUUACACUGGUUGUGGAAACAGUCGAAAUAUAUUCAUGACCAAACAAGAGUAUAAAGGUGUUAAGCCUCCUGAAAAGCACGUGGUAGUUGUACACAAAGUUUUGAAUGCUGCUAGUAUACCUAAUUUGAAGACAGAUGAUCAGUGGAUGGAAUAUGGACAAUGCGUUGGAUUCAGGUAUUCAUCUCCAAAUUUGUUUCUCAUAAGGUUAAACGUCAAGAAUGUUAUCAUCGUAAAAGCUUAUAGAUAUAUCUUGCAGACUUUGACAAGCACAGAUGGUGACGAAAAGUGUUUUCUGGUUCACCCAUGGUUAAAAGGUUUACAUUUAUAUUCUUGGUUCUUCACUAUCGAUCAGCGACCUGAUAUAAUCAGUAAACAGUCUCUGAACCAAACAACAGCAGCACUGAUAAUUUUGCCACCGAAUGAUUGCCAUAGCAUUUGCUAA